AUCACGGCUGACAGUCACAGAACAUCUUUUGUAAUGUUAAUUUACACAAAAGUAGCUGUCCAUAUGUUAUUGUACAUCCACGGUAAUACUGUAUCAGUUUAAGUCAUUCAAAAUAAAAUUAGGCUUUUAUAAUUUGUUUAUAUAAAAACUGGCAUGCAACUAUCAGAGUAUUUUCAAAAUAUUUAGGCUAGGGAAGGAACCAACAAAAAAUCAUUUGAUAUGUCAAGUAGAUUAGAAGCGGAUUUAUUAGAAAAGGUAGAGCAACUGCAGGCGGAAAACAAAAAGAUUCACGACGAGUUUAAUAUUCAAAGGGCGAAGCUAAAAGAAAUAUUUUUGCAGAAAGAAUCCGAAUGUUCAAUGUUAAAACAGGAACUUGACGAGAUGAGGAGUCAGUUUUUCGUUGCUGAAUGUAGAAAAGAUAAUGAAAUAUCAUUGAUUGAUCGUAAGGCACAAGAAGAAAUUUCUUCUCUUCAUCAUAUAGUACAAGAAACUAUUGAAGAAUCGACUAUUUGCAAAAAUGACUUAGAAAAAUUACUUGAGGGAUAUAACCGAUUAAAAAUUGAAAAUGAACGUCUAAAAGGAGAAAUAAUUGAACGCCAGGAACAAUCAAGCCUAGUACCUGUUCUAAGCCAUGUAAAAUCUUUAACAAAAAAACUGGUGGGUGAUAACACUAUAAGUAGUAUUAGUACCAAGGAAGAAAAUGAAGAAGAGUUUAUAAAAUCCAAUAAAUAUGCUAAAGAAGAUGCCCAAAUCUUAAGAUCUCUUGUUAUUUCUCUUGAAGAAGAAAUUGAAGCUUUAAAAGAAAAAUUAAGAACAGCUGAUGAUGAACUUCAAUAUUACCGAAAUAGAAAUGAGAAAAAGAUUGCAUUAGAAAAUAAACUUAGCCCAUCAGAUGAAAUAAAAUCUGGAGAAAUUUAUGUGCGCAAAGUUGAUAAAUCAACAUCAAUGCAGUUUGGAUGUGAAAAUUGUAUUUUAAAGGAUAAAAAUAUUUCUAUGCUAGAGCAGAUUGAAAAAAAUGAUAAGCUAACGCUAUUCAAGCUUGAGAAAGUACUUGCUGAAUAUAAAAGUGAAUUGGCCAAAGAAGCUGCACUUCGUAAAGAUCUAGAAAUUCAGUGGCAAGGUAAGAGGGAAGUUCAUAGAGAAGAAGUAAUAAAACUAACCGAGCGAAUUAUCGGAACUGAAAAACAGUUGCAUAACGUUACCGAAAAAUUUUUUGAGAUGAAAAGCACAUUUACCAAACAACUAUACCGUAUUACUGAAGAUCGUGAAAAUAUUAACAAACAUCUGGAAGCACUUCAGAAUGAUAACGAUUACUUAUCGGGAAGGUUUUUGGCAACCUCAGAAGAAUUGGAAAAUCAAAAUAUUAACUUGCCCAAUAAUGUUGAGGAGCUGCAUGAACACAUUCUUCGUCUUCAAAGUGACUUGAUACAAGCGAGAGUGGGUGUAGAGUUUGAAAAAAAGAAAAAUGUUGCUUUUAUUGAUGAAAACAAUAUUUUAAGAGAACAACUAAAGCUAAAUAAUCAAGAAAAUGAAGAAGAAAAAAUAAGAGUACAAAAACAAAUCAGAUGUUUAAAUGAUCGUUUGCGUGAAUAUCUACUUCAAGGUGAAGAUUAUGAGACGAAAAAGGAAAAAGCUGAAAGAAAAGAAUCAGAAAUGAGUAAAAGUAUUUCUGAAUUAAGAGUGCAAGUUAUUGAAUUACAAGGAGAAAAUGAAAAACUAAGAAGAAAUAAUGAUGAUUUGAAAUGUAAAAUAAUUAAUCUGCAAGAAGAUUUGAAAAUGGGAGAAGAUGUGCAAAAAGACUUCGUAAAACUUUCUCAAUCCCUUCAGAUUACCCUAGAAGGUAUACGUCAAGCAGAUACGCAAGUUCGUUGGCAAGAUGAUGAUGAUGUUGAAAAAUGCCCUAAUUGCUCUGUGACAUUCACAGUCACAUGUAGGAAACAACACUGUCGUCAUUGUGGCAAAAUAUUUUGUGAAAAGUGCUUAACAAAAGUAGUUCCUUCUGGACCGCGGCAAAAAAUGGCAAGGGUUUGCGACAUAUGUCAUACAGUGCUAACACCAAAUAUAGCGCCUUAUUUUAGUAAGAAGCCGCCGAAUUCUCCUUUGUAAACAUUUACGGUAAUUUAUUCAAAAAAAUUUUUAAGUUUCAAUUUUUCUUCGAUUUUGGAUAUAUGUACAAAGAUUAAGAAAGGAAAAUGAAAACAAAUGUUUUUAAUGUAUUAUUUUUAAUUAUUAAGGAUUAAAUAAAAUAAUAUUAUACAAUC